AUGGAUCCUCGUUUAGUCUGGAAGCAGUACUUGAGAGAGCUGUGUUUCUCCUUCAACGACUCUUCCGAUGAGGAAGAUGAUAUAUUCGUAGAGACUAUGAGAGUCUGGCAAGCCGAGUCGGAGGCAUCGGAGAGGCGACCUUGGGGUGGUUCAGUGCCUGGUCGGAAGCGCAUCCACCAUUAUCGGUUGAAGGGCCAUAUUAGGUUGUACAACGACUACUUUGUCGAUCCCCCUGUGUACCCCGACUACAUUUUUCGUUGCCGGUUCAGGAUGAAACGUAACCUUUUCCUCAAGAUUGUGGGGGCGGUUGAGGAGAAUGACCCGUGGUUUAAACAGAGGAGGAACGCUGCAGGCGAGCUAGGGUUGUCUGCGUUGCAAAAAGUGACUGCGGUGUUUCGUAUGAUAGCAUACGAUGCGCCGGUCGAUUCUCUAGAUGAGUGCCUCCGUCUAGGGGAGAACACCAUCAUUAAGAGCAUGAGACGGUUUGUUCAUGUCAUCGUCGAUGUGUUCGGCGAUGAGUACCUCCGUUCUCCGAAUGAUGAGGACAUUGCUUGUUUGCUUGCUAUCAACGAACGCAGAGGGUUUCCAGGGAUGCUGGGAAGCAUUGAUUGUUCGCUGAACGACAUUAACGUUCUGCACUGGUCACAUCUCCUCGACGACCUUGCCGCAGGCGAGGCCCCAAAGGUACAAUACUCCAUUAAUGGGCACCAUUACACCAUGGGCUACUACCUUGCAGACGGCAUAUAUUCGGAAUGGGCCACGUUCGUGAAGCCCAUACAAUCUCCAGUUGGCAGGAAGCGACAACACUUCGUGCUUCAACAAGUGGCAACACGCAAGGAUGUGGAGCAUGCCUUCGGAGUCCUGCAGUCCCGGUUUCCCAUAGUCCGGGGGGCAACGAGGUUAUGGGAUGAGGAAACCCUUAGCAACAUCAUGACCGCCUGCAUUAUCAUGCACAACAUGAUAAUCGAAGAUGAGAGACUAGAUAACGAAGUCGAAUACGUGUACGAGGGUGCUGGUGAGGAUGUGCAGCCGUCGCACGACCUAACCCCUCCAUUGGUAGCAUUGAGCCAACGGUACAAUGCUAUAAGAAGCAGGUAG